AUAUGCUCGUUGUAUUUCAUCGGUAUGGCAGGUUUCCUAAAAAAGGGGUAAACAUAGAGUUUUUAUUUUUACUUUAAGGUAAAAUAUAAAUAUCUAUGGUGAAUCGCUUCCUAUUUCAAGGAAGCAAAUACCUUCAAAGAUAAAAAAAGAAUAACAUUGUUACGUAUGUGUACAUGAGUGACCGGUGUAAAUUCAUCGAGAUCGAAAAGAAAAUAAACAAAACAACUAAUAGAAAUUAAGAGUAAAAAAAUUCAAAACGUGCGUACCUCUAAUAAUAGAAAUAUUAAGUCUGAUAUUUCUAAUAGCAAGCAAUGCAAGAAGAAUCAAAGGACACUCCAAAAUUAGGAGCUAUUCGAAAAAUUCGCAAUGCAAAUACGCCAGAGAUUCCAGGAAUGCUGUCAGAUACUUUAUCCAGCACUUCUAGAGUUACUUCUCGUAGCAGAGUAACCAUGAUGCCAGGUGAUAUUUCACAAUUACAGAAAGUACCAAAAAGGAAGAUUAUUGUGGGAAAGCAGUCAAUUGUGCCAUCACAAUUGUCAAUGGAUACAUUUAAAAAAAUGGAUGUUGAAUCUAAAGAAAUAGAGCUUGGACUUCUUUAUGAUGAAUAUUUACAAACUAUAAUGCUAGAUCUCAUAAUGAAGAAAAAAACUGAAGAGAAAAGGCAACUGUUAGUCACACAAUUAGCUACUGUGGCACAAGAGAUUGAUCAAGAUACAAAGAAAUUGAUUAAAAUUAAAACAAGGGAACGCGAUAUAAUAAAUCUAAGUUUAGCACAAAAAGAAGUAGAUGCUCAACUGAUUAUAAUAACGAAAUGCAUCAAAGAUGAAACACUUAAAAUUGUAAAAGAUAUGUUGUCCAAAUUACAAUCUCUCUUGGAACCUCUGGAUAUAUUGCGAUGUAAUGAUAUAAUACUUCCUGAAACAAAGGAAGAAUGGCAGGAGGUUUUAGAAGUAUUAAAAAACUGUUCAAAUGCUUUAAAAGAUAUUGUAAAUCUAAUUCAAUCAAAGGGUGAAACAUAUUGUGCCGUUAAUACUGAAUUAAAGAAUUUUGCUGAAACGUAUGAUAAAAUAGAAAAUCUUCAAAAAGAAUUGGAAGAAUCCUUAUGUAAAAUACAAGUGAUGAUACUAAAAAAUGCUUCACUUUCAUUAACGUACAAUCGAAUUGAAUAAUGGAGAUGCCAUUGAAUAGGUUACUGUGUGGAGAUCAUAGACAUUAAGAUAGACUUUAUGAGGCUUGAAAUCUUGGGUGUCCUUCAAAAUGAAAAAGAAGAGAGAACGAAUGAGUAAGGCAUUUUUCUCUCUGACACAUUGGAUUAGAGAAAGAAGCUGCUCUACUAAUUUGUUCCUUUUCUUUGUGGAGGACUCUUCCUUUACCUCAUAAGCAGUUUAUCUUGAUAUGUCUAUGAGAUAUAAAAUAAUAUUGCGUACAAAAUUGAGUUUAAUAUAUACUAUUUCAUAUCUUUACACAGUAACCUGUUAUACAUAAGAUUGAUCGAAUUCGGAGCUUUUCUGGACAAGUAUUGAGUAAAAUAUAUAUUGUAGAUUCAUAAAAAGUAAAGUUUGGUUUACAAAAUAUAUUUUAUAUUUUUGAAAAA